CGUGGCGCCUGCAGGUGGACUGCUUCCUCAACACAACACGCAGUCGGGAAUUAUUGCAGUGAGUGGACUGACUCCAGCCUCAGAGGACGCUCGAUGCCCGUUUCCCAGCAGGACGGUGGGAGGAUGAGGUACUGCGACGGCUCAUCUCACACUCUUUGCUGCGGCCGCUGCUUCCUGACUUUCUGAUGAAUUGGAGAAAUUCAAAAACUUUGAGGCUUCAAGGAUGAUCCUCUCAGAUGGGACUGUCUCACCCGUCACUUUUGCUCUCCUAUCGGGAAUAACCUUCUUGCUCAUCAUCUGCGAUCUCACCAAAGGCUCUGCAGACUUGUCAGGCUAUCUGUCCACAGUGUUGAAGAACUACACCCAGCAGGCCUGUGACGGUGAAUUCCUGUAUGUUCACUGCCCGCCCCGGACCACCAUCACCAUUCAGUCUGCAUUCUAUGGAAGAAGAGGUUCCUCCGAUCUCUCGAGGUGCCCCCAGACCUACCAGGCCCUCCUGCACUCUCAUUACUCUCCAGAGAAUGAUCCAUAUUGUUCUGUGUCGACAGCACUACAGAAAAUGCUGGAUGAAUGCCAAGACAGAAGGAGCUGUCAAGCCCUUGUCAGUAGCCGCAUGUUUGGGAUGGACCAGUGUCCUGGCAGCAGUAAAUACCUCAUUGUCUGGUACAAAUGCCGACCUAGUGAAUACAAAAGUAAGGUAGCCUGUGAGGAGGACAGGAUGAGGCUGAGCUGCAAACAGGGAAUGCAGAUUGCCAUCUACUCUGCCAUGUUCGGCCGCACUCAACAGGGCACGCUGGAGUGCCCCCCUCACCACAGGAGAGCCCCCCCAGUAGAAUGCCAGUCAUCAGUGGCCCUGCAGGUCCUCACAGCACGCUGUCAAGGAAAGAAGAGUUGUCUGAUCCGAGCCUCCACCAGAGAGUUUGGAGAUCCAUGUUACCCUGGCAUCAAGAAAUACCUCAGCGUCAUCUACACUUGUGUCCCGAAGAGAUUGCUUCAGGAGCCAGGUCCAAGACCACCAGUGUACCCCCUGGAACCAGGCGCCCAUGACCCCAACAUAGUGGGAGACAGUCCUCCUUACGGGAGCUCAGUCAAAAAUCCUGACCCGGACUCAGAGAAAAACAAAUUUGAAGAGACAGAAAAGGGGAAGCCGCAAGAAAAAGAAGGAGAGGAUCCAGAGCAGUCACCAGAAAUGAACCCCAUCGCCAACUCCACCUCUGGAGCCAACAUGGCGCUCUUCAGCAACGCACUUGCAGCCUACAAUUACAUAUCAGACCACCCAGAGAGGGCUGCCUUGUUCUUCGUCUGUGGCGUGUGUUUGGGCCUCUUCCUCACUCUCUUCGCCCUGGUGGUCCAGAUCUCCUGUCGCACCGACUGCCAGCCGCGUGAGCGGCCUCCUGCCAAGAAACGUGCGCGUCCCGCCGACUUAUCCUCAGAUUCCAGUGAUUCGGACUCAGACUGGGACACCACCUCGGACCUCUCGGCAAGGAGACACAGACGCUUUGAGCGCACGCUAAACAUGAACGUGUUCACGUCAGCCGAAGAGCUGGAGAGAGCUCAGCGGCUGGAGGAAAGAGAGCGAAUCAUCCGGGAAAUCUGGAUGAACGGCCAACCGGACAUCCCGGGGACACGGAGCCUCAAUCGGUAUUACUGAGUAAUACCUGGAGACUUUUAAUGGGAACCUGACUUUAACUGAAAUGUUGUACAGAAGGGGAAAGAGACAAACCCAGACUGAGAUUCAAAAGCAACAGUUUGACAGUUUUUAGUUGGAAAAAUGUUCCCCUCUCUCUGCUGUUUUCAAAGUCCAUUUGGGUAUCAUAAGCUAUACCCCCAAAAGUCAAACAAUAAGCUUCAACUCUGCAUUGUAAGCUUGCCUCUUGGCUCCCGGAAGAAAGAAGUGAAAGACUACACUGACUUACCGGUGACCUCGGCGGGCUUUUGAACUGAGGAUUUAUGGGUUAAUGAACAUACACAAGCCUGCAGAGACUACACGGUGACUGAAGGACCAAGGCCUCACAAAGGUCUGUUUUACAGCACACAGGGCAGCUGGAAGAGACUGUGACACUCUGAGCUUCACGCUCACUACCCUCCAGUAUUGAAAUGUGAACUUUAACAGAGGGGCAUUUUUUUUUACCAAAGUGCGCUCGACAAUAAGACAGUGUAAGACAAUCUUUUCACAGUAGAUGUUGCCUUGAGCUCUAUAAAAACCAAAAGAUGAACACCUUAUGCAAUAUAUUUUAUUAUAUUUAAUGUUUCAUUGAUGUUGUGUAUUUUUCUUCUCAAGUAAGGUUUUAUUAUGAGAUAUUUUUAUACUUUGCAAAGGUUGUCUGGCGCCUCAGGGAUGCAAUCCUAGUGUUUCUGUGUUUGGCUCUUCCUUAGAAAAAGGGGGAGUUGACUGAAAUCACAUUGUCAGCAUUUAUAGACAAGAAUAGGAGAUAUAAUGUAAAGCACCUCAAAGAGGUUCCCUUUUUAUAGUUUAAUCCUAUUUUUGAUAAAGUAAUUCAAAGCGGAGAGGCUUUUCUACCCUUUAAGUCGAGUUUAUGAUUACAACAGUCUUUUUUGAUCAACUAUAGGACAUUUAUUUAUUAAUUGGAAUCUCAAAUGUAUGUAAUCUAUUUGUGUUCCCUUUAAAGUACUGUCUCUAUGCUGAUGUGGAGCUUGUGUCAAAACCAGAAUGCUUCUGUCGAGUUUAGCACCUGCUAUCUACUCUGGCAUAAAUGUAAAUUAAUAGAGAACUGCCUGUUUUUACUAUAAAAAUGCAUUUUCAGGUCAUCACUUUUCAAGCAAUGUCUAAAAGUGGCCUUUAUUUAAUAUGCAGGACGUUGCUUGUGUUUGUCACUGCCAUCUGAAGGAAACAACACUACAAAAACGGUAAAACGGCACCAAAAUCAUGCUAUUUGCUGGAGAGAUGUGUACAUUCUUUUCCAAUUUCAAGCAGAUAUUUUAACACAUUAAUAUUAUUUUCCUUAUAGAGAUUAUUCAAAUAACCACCUCACCAGAGAUGUCUAAAAGGUUUAGUUUGAAUAUAAUGUGUCAGUGAUUUUUACCACAUGACCAAAAUGGAUUAUGCGCUUGAAAUAAACUUCAAAAGGAAAAUGUGUUCCAGUGAAAGAAAUGAAAA